AAUGCAAGAUGGCUCCUCGUAUAAAAACAGUCUUCUGGGUUGCCCCCAACGUGCAACAAAAUAACUCUUUACACCUUAUCAGGUUAAAAUAUUUAUCCUCGAAUAGUUCUGAAGGGUAACUCGAGCUUCCGAUUGAUAUGCGUACGAUGCUUGACGACGUUUCGUGUGAGAAGAUAGAUAAGAGACAAGAGGGAGAAGUUUGAAGCCAUGAGUCGGUGCUGAAGUGUUUCUCUGUCCGCGGAGCCGCCAGGACACUCCGGGCCUCGGCUAACCUGCUAACCAGCUAAUAACGUGCUGGUUGUUGUCUGGAAACGUUCAACAGCAGAGAGAAAGAAGGAGAAAGUUUCGAAAUCACUGACUGCCUGUUGAAUGUGGGGCAACACAUUAAUCAACAAUGGCUGUAUCAAGACUUGAUCGUCUGUUUAUCCUGCUUGACACCGGAACAACACCAGUAACCAGGAAAGCAGCGGCCCAGCAGCUUGGAGAAGUAGUCAAACUCCACCCACAUGAACUGCACAACCUCUUAUCAAAGGUCCUGACCUACCUACGGAGUCCAAACUGGGACACCCGUAUAGCAGCAGGACAAGCUGUAGAAGCCAUAGUCAGGAAUGUUCCUGAGUGGGACCCGGCCCCCAGGCCUAAAGAAGAGUCUUGUGAAGAUUUAUCUCCAGAGGACUCCUCCUGUGACCGUCUGACUUUCUACCACUUUGACAUCGCCCGCCUCCUCAAACAUGGAGCCUCUCUGUUGGGAUCUGCCGGGGCUGAGUUUGAACUACAGGAUGACAAAACUGGUGAGAUGGACCCUAAGGAACGUCUGGCUCGCCAGAGAAAGCUUCUGCAGAAGAAGUUGGGUCUGGAUAUGGGUGCCGCCAUCGGCAUGGACACAGAGGAUCUGUUCAAUGAUGAAGACCUUGACUACACCUGCCAAUCCAGUGGACUAAGAGCCCAUGGAAGCAAAGCCGCAGCUGGAUCCAGUUCCAGAAACCAUGUGCCGAUUCAAGCUGCUGAGUUGAUCGACUCAGAGUUCAGACCAGGCAUGAGCAAUCGACAGAAGAACAAGGCGAAGAGGAUGGCCAAGCUGGUGGCCAAACAAAGAUCCAGAGACGUGGACUCAAAUGAAAAGAGUAAUGACAGUUUUGAGGGAGAACCUGAAGAGAAACGGAGAAAAACCACAAACGUCGUCAUCGACCAACCAGCAUCAGAGAAUAAAGUCUUAAUCGACAACGUUCCAGAUAACUCCAGCCUUUCAGAGGAGGCAAACGAGUGGCCUCUGGAGAGCUUCUGUGAGGAGCUCUGUAAUGACCUCUUCAAUCCUUCAUGGGAGAUUCGUCAUGGUGCAGGCACAGGUCUUAGAGAAAUCCUCAAGUCCCAUGGUCCUGGCGGCGGGAAACUGGUGGGAAGCACUUCAGAACAGAUGCUGCGGCAGCAUCAGGAGUGGAUAGAGGAUCUGGUCAUCCGGCUCCUCUGUGUUUUCGCUUUGGACCGCUUUGGAGAUUUUGUGUCUGACGAGGUGGUGGCUCCUGUCAGGGAGACGUGUGCACAGACCCUCGGCGUGGCCCUUCGUCAUAUGAAUGAAACUGGUGUUUCGAUGACCGUGGAUGUUCUGCUGAAGCUGCUCAAAGAAGACCAAUGGGAGGUCCGUCAUGGAGGCCUGCUCGGGAUCAAGUAUGCCCUGGCUGUCCGACAGGACCUGAUCUCUGUUUUGCUGCCCCGGGUGCUCCCAGCCAUCACUGUGGGUCUACAGGACCUGGAUGACGAUGUCAGAGCUGUGGCAGCAUCAUCCCUCAUCCCUGUGGUGGAAGGUUUGGUACAGCUGCUACCCAACAAGGUGCCCUUCAUAGUGAACACACUGUGGGAUUCCCUUUUAGACCUGGACGACCUCACAGCUUCUACUAACAGCAUCAUGACACUGCUGUCCUCUCUGCUCACCUACCCGCAGGUCCGACAGUGCAGCAUGCAGCAGUCAUUAACAGUCCUGGUUCCUCGGGUUUGGCCAUUUUUGAGACACACGAUAUCAUCAGUAAGAAGGGCAGCGCUGGAGACACUUUUCACACUGCUCUCUAAAGCUGAGCAGAGCUGUGCCAUGUGGAUUAACCCCAUCCUACAGGACAUGCUUCGACACAUAUUUCAGUCCUGCAUACUGGAGAGCAAUGAGGAAAUCCUUGAGCUGAUCCAAAAGGUGUGGAUGGAGCUGCUGUCUCAGGCACCCCAGCAGUACGUGGUAGCAGCCAGCUGUCCGUGGAUGGGUGCCUGGCUCUGUCUCAUGAUGCAGGCCUCACACAUUCCCAUAGACCUGAACAUGCUGCUGGAAGUGAAGUCUCGCUCCAAGGAUAAGAUGGGUGCAAAGGCCCGCCAAGGUACCAUCCUGGUGAAGGAAACGGUUCAGGAGUACAUAGCAGGAGCAGAGACUGUGGCAGACGACUCGCUGACACGAGACUAUGUAGUGAUGCGAGCUCGUCUCAUGGCUGCUAGAUUGCUGGGAGCUCUGUGUAGGUGUAUCUGUGACCCUCAGCUCAAUGCUGCAUCACAGGAGAUGCGACCAGCUGAGUCUUUGGGCCAGCUGUUGCUCUUCCACCUUAACUCCAAGUCUGCCCUGCAGCGCAUAGCUGUGUCUCUGGUGCUCUGUGAGUGGGCUGCACUGCAGAAGGAUUGUCAGCUGGUGUCGUCCAUGGUGCAGCCUCGUCUUCUGGCUGUUCUGUCUGAGCACUUGUACUAUGAUGAGAUCGCCAUCCCCUUCACACGCAUGCAGAAUGAAUGCAAGCAGCUCAUUGCACUGCUAGCUGAAUCCAACAUAGACCUGCAGGAUCGCCUCAGUUGUAGCGUUUUCACUAUUGAUCAAGCUAACGACCUGGUAACCACCAUCUUUACAGACUCGACGGGAGCUCUGAACGUCAAUUCCAAACAGUGGCAGGCACUGGACAGUAAACGGCAGCAGGCUCAGUCCACAGUGCUGGAGACGAGCACAGAAUGGCAGCAGCUUCAUCUGCGUGUCCACAUGUUCACCGCCUGUGCAGUCAUUAACCUGCAGGUUCUUCCCGACAAACUCAACCCGCUGGUCCGACCUCUGAUGGAGUCAAUAAAGCGAGAAGAGAACGCUCUGAUUCAGGGAUACGCUGCUUCUUUCACAGCUAAGCUGCUGCAGCAGUGUGCUGGACGCUCGCCAUGCCCCAAUCCCAAGAUCAUCAAAAACCUCUGUGCCUCUGCUUGUGUGGACUCUGCAGCCACACCCUCAUCUGCCUGCCCCGUGCCCCCAACACAAGAAAACUCCAAAGGCUGUGGGUUGGAGAAAGACGGCAUGCAUCACAUGGUAAACAAAACACGAGGGAUCAUCACCCUGUACCGCCACCAAAAGGCAGCGUUUGCCAUCACCAGUAAAAGAGGGCCAGCCCCUAAAGCCCCAAAGACCCCCAGCACUGAGCUCCCUCCAGGCAGCACCAUCAGCACUGAUAAUGACGAGAGCAAGAAACCCUUCCUCAUUCAGAGACGAGGGUCGGAGUUCUCCCUGACGACUAUUGCUCGGCACUUUGGUGCAGACUUCACCACGACUCUGCCGUACCUGUGGGAGAGCACAGUGGGACCUCUGAGAACUGUGGUGACAGCAGGUUACAGCCUCGAUAGGCAAGUUGAGCUGGAGAGGGGAGAUGCUGCAGCUCAGGAUCUGGUUAACUCUCUACAAGUGCUGGAAGUCAUGGCUGGAGCCAUGGCUGCUGAACUCAAACCUCUGCUCCUGGAGCAUCUACCCCAACUGUUCACCUGCCUGCAGCACCCAUACACAGCAGUGCGUCACAUGACGGCACGCUGUGUUGGCGUGUUUAGUAAGAUCGCCAUGCUGGAGACCAUGAACAGUUUCCUGGAGUGUGUGCUCCCCUGGUUAGCAGCAAUCGGGGACUGCACCAAACAGGAGGGUGCCAUCGAGGCUUUAGCCUGUGUGAUGGAGCAGCUGGAUGUGGACAUCGUGCCCUACAUCGUGCUGCUUGUUGUACCCGUGCUGGGCCGUAUGAGUGACCCCAGUGACAGCAUCCGUUUCAUGGCCACACAGUGCUUUGCUACACUCAUCCGCCUGCUGCCUUUAGAGGCAGGGAUACCUGACCCUCCAGCCAUGUCCGCAGACCUGAUCCGGCAGAAGGCCAGAGAACGCCACUUCCUGGAGCAACUACUAGAUGGAAGAAAACUGGAGAACUACAAGAUCCCUGUUCCUAUCAAAGCUGAACUCAGGAAGUACCAGCAGGACGGAGUGAACUGGCUGUCCUUCCUGAACAAAUACAAGCUGCACGGGAUCCUGUGUGAUGACAUGGGCCUCGGCAAGACGCUGCAGUCCAUCUGCAUCCUGGCAGGAGAUACCUACCUCAGGGCUCAGGAGUACGCCAAGACUAAAGCGGCUGACUGCAGCCCCAUGCCCUCUCUGGUGGUUUGUCCGCCCACGCUGACCGGACACUGGGUGGACGAAGUGAGCAAGUUCUGCUCUAAAGAGUACCUCCACCCGCUGCAUUACACCGGACCUCCUACAGAACGGAUGCGGUUACAACAUCAAGUUAAGAAACACAAUCUCAUAGUCGCCUCUUACGAUGUUGUUCGGAACGACAUCGACUUUUUUAGAAAUAUCAAAUUUAACUACUGCAUCCUUGAUGAGGGUCAUGUCAUCAAAAACGGGAAAACCAAACUCUCCAAAGCCAUCAAGCAGUUGGCCGCCAACUUCAGAGUCAUCUUAUCAGGAACGCCCAUUCAGAACAACGUCCUGGAGCUCUGGUCGUUGUUCGACUUCCUCAUGCCAGGCUUCCUGGGAACGGAACGACAGUUUGCUGCUCGCUACGGUAAACCGAUCCUGGCCAGCCGGGACGCCAAAAGUUCCUCACGGGAACAGGAAGCAGGUGUCCUUGCGAUGGAGGCGCUUCAUCGACAGGUGUUGCCCUUCCUCCUGAGGAGGAUGAAGGAGGACGUCCUCCAGGACCUUCCUCCUAAAAUCAUUCAGGACUAUUACUGCAACCUGAGUCCUCUACAGGUUCAGCUGUAUGAAGACUUUGCAAAGUCUCGAGCCAAGGCCAGUGUGGACGACAGCCUCUCUACAGCCUCAACAGAAGAGGAGGAGAAGCCUAAGCUGAAGGCUACAGGACAUGUCUUCCAGGCGCUGCAGUACCUGAGGAAGCUGUGUAACCACCCGAGCCUGGUCCUGACCCCGCAGCAUCCAGAGUACAAACGUGUCACUGAGCAGCUGGCGAGCCAGAACUCGAGCCUGCGGGACAUUCUGCACGCGCCCAAACUCUCAGCUCUCAAACAGCUGCUGUUGGACUGUGGUCUCGGUGGUGGUGUUGGAUCAGAGGGCGGCACUGAGGCAGUGGUGGCCCAGCAUCGUGUGCUCAUCUUCUGUCAGCUGAAGAGUAUGCUGGAUAUUGUGGAGCACGACCUGCUGAAGCCCAAACUGCCCUCGGUCACCUACCUGAGGCUGGAUGGCAGCGUGCAGGCCGGCCUGCGUCACUCCAUCGUCUCCAGGUUUAACAACGACCCGUCCAUCGAUGUGCUGCUGCUGACCACACACGUUGGAGGUCUGGGUCUGAACCUGACUGGUGCAGACACCGUGGUGUUUGUGGAACACGACUGGAACCCAAUGAGGGACCUGCAGGCGAUGGACCGAGCCCACAGGAUAGGACAGAAACGGGUGGUGAACGUCUACAGGCUGAUCACUCGCGGCACACUGGAGGAGAAGAUCAUGGGUCUGCAGAAAUUUAAGAUGAGCAUCGCCAACACCGUCAUCAGCCAAGACAACUCCAGCAUGCAGAGCAUGGGCACAGACCAGCUCCUCAACCUGUUCACCCUGGACAAGGGUGAGAAGGCUGAGCAGUCAGCGUCAACCUCAGGGAAGUCCUCCAUGAAGUCUGUGCUGGACGGACUGGGGGAGCUUUGGGACCAGCAGCAGUACGACUCAGAGUACAACCUGGACACCUUCAUGCACUCCCUACAGUAGCACUGCAAGACCCCCACCACAGCCCUCUUCCACACCCACGUAGCCUCCGUCUGCUGACCGAGCUGGACCCGGUCAGAGCCGGAGGAGACCCAAACUGCUGCAGAUAACUUUCGCAGUCCACCUUACACCUAACGCAGGAUAAAUGAGGUGGGCUGAUAGUUAACGUUCAUGACCAUAAGCAAUAACUCAAGCACAGCUGGAAUAAAAAAACUAAAUUUUAACGCCUCAAACUAAACGGUACACGGCAGAAAAGUGUGUCUUAACAUUUUUAGGAAAUCCCAUAAUUCUUCGAGAUUUGCAGAGAACCCCUAAGAGGUGGUACAACGUGUCUGUACCAAACAUCUCCAGUGUUAGUUUACAACAUCUGCAUUAGUCCGCGGUGAUGAUGCGUCCUAGCUAUCCUUCAAGCUCCAGGUGCUGCUUUUCUCCCAUGAUGCAUUGCCAGAGUAUACAGUGUUAACUACUUCACCAUUACUCUCCUAUCCCACUGAUCUCAUGGUCUUAAAGCGCUGCGAUGCCCCGCCACGUCUGUCAGCUGCUCUCUGACUGAUACAAACAUUUUUCUGUACGACAAAAGGGAAACGGGUGGAGAGCGAGGGAGCUCUCUGGAGGACGCACAGGAUAUCAUCACUGACUCUUUCUGGCACAGUGAUGAGCAGGUUGUGCUGUAGAGGGCGCUGUAGUUUCCCCUCGCCCCGGGAGAGUCUGUUCACAUGAGCUGUGUGUUUGACAAAUGAACGAGUGUGUCCUGCUCUUCAAACGUGGUGUCAAAAGGAGCACUUGAAGCAGCUUCACAGAGACUGAACAUGGGGCCAAGAGGAAACUGGUACCUGAAAGAUGCCACAAGUAUUUUAAAAAGAAGAAAUAGACUUGUACAUACUUCUGUAACUGCUGCUUUUUCUUUAUGAUUGUGGAGUUGUAAUAAAUUCUACAAACCUUUGAAUUA